GUUGAGCUUGACACAGGCGAGAGAAAGGUGCUGGCAAGCAGAUACACAAAGGCAGUGGAAGGACCCGCAGCAAUGGGAAUCAAACUGUACUACACCACCGUUACUGCCUCACGGACGGUGAAGUCUCAACAGGCGGAAGUGAUACGAAUCCUUGAUAGCAAAAAAAUCCAGUACGAGCUCAUCGACAUCUCUGUGGGCGGGGAGCUGCGUGAUGAAAUGAAGAACAAAGCAGGGAACCCCACGGCGGUCCCACCCCAGCUUUUCAAUGAAGACCAGUACUGUGGGGACUAUGAAAUGUUUUCCGAGGCGGUGGAAGCAGAUACAGUGGACCAAUUUCUGAAACUGGCAUGAGGAGGGCGGAGUGUGAAUUCUCCAUCUUAACCCCAUUCCCCCAACCACCUACCCCCCCACCUCGUGCCCUGAUGGAGGCCCUUUAUCCAGUCUCUCUCUGCACCACUGGCAGUAUCCACUCACUUUCAAUGCCAUAAUGAAGAAUGCCAAAUAUCCUGUAUCUAACUAAUCAGAAGACACACAUUCCCCAUACUGCACCAUAAGACUCAGUCUUAAUCUGUUUGAUUCUGUUUUCUAUUCUCUGUUCAUUCCUUUUGAUUUCUUCCAGACCUGUUCCCCGUCUGACAGACUAGUUUUUCUAAGUGCUCUGAGUCCACUCGGAGUCAGUGGGGUGUCUAAAUGUGCGGUAAUUAGGUCGACUAAUCUUGGCCACGGCCACAUGAUCUCUGGAGAUUAAACUAAUCCGCUGGAUGACAGCAUUCAACCCAGAAUCUUCCUGAUCCUCUGCAGACCAAACAAACCAUCAUCACUCAGUCUUAACUACUCUGUCGUCUUUUUUUUGUAGCCUUCAAGUUCCCAUGUUGUACAUGACUGCACACUAUUUGUAUUCACAUGGGUGCAAAUGCACACAGACGUAGCAAGGGCUGUAACGUCCUUAAACCCAAUUAAUUAGGAGUCAUAGAUGCCUUUUUGGCACGGACAACUUUUUGUAAUUUUGGUCCAUUGGUCACUGUACGCAGUAACCCGCUGUAACCACUGACGUCCUGCGCUGAGCUGACCUUAGUCAAGUCAAAAAGUAAAUAUUAGAAGAAUACGUCAAACCCAAAUGAUCAUUUGUGUGUCCAACACUCACCCCGUGGUUCGCUGAAUUCGGGAAGAACAUUUGUCCUUUCUCUCAUGCCUCCACUGUGAAUGAAGAAUCCAAAAACAGAAAAUAAUCUUAAAAUUCAAAGUAAGAGGCAGACAGGUUGAACAACAGCAGAACUAUACCAAAACAUCAGUUUACAAACUCACACAACUCCUGCAGUGUAAUCAAAGUCUCAUUUAUACAGUUGUACGCUAAACUUUCCAAACAUUUUUGCUGAAAAAGUAAAAUCUAAAAAACUUUUGCAUGAACAGUGCAAGAGCACGACUCAUCAGUCUCUCCCAAACACGGACGAGUAUAUGGAAGUUUUUUAUAUAUUACAUUUUUAGCAAAAAAAUACAUGUCCUUGAGGUGAAUUUUUUUUUCUUCUUCAGGUCUUGACUGUUUCAAAAAAAUAUUUGAAGUCGUGCAUUGUUUACAUCCAUGUUUACUAGCAUGCAGUCUUCUUCCUCUUCCUCUCCUACUCUCUGUGUAGCGGGAAACUGGUGAUGGGAGUUUGUAUCACCCGUGUGUUCGAUACAAACGAAACUGGGAGCCACUUGAACAAACUUUGAUCCAUAGCGCUGUUAGUGGUCAAAUCUUUAAGCAAAGUUUUGGAAAUGUCCAACAAAGAUAAAUGCGGAUGAUAUGUUUGUGAAAUAUAUAGUAAAUCAAAAAAUAGCCACAUAAUCUACAAGGUCUUAACAAACACUUGUUGACGGUUGGCCGUCAACCAAAGUCAGGUUGUCGGUAAACAUCUGUCGGUCUAGUUUUUGUGGUGUGUCCCGUAUCGUUGGCGGCUUUUUGGCAGAUUGAGCAUGUUGAAUCAUCUGGAUGUAAUAGUCCGUGGAGGUGCUGCGGUGCUCGCCUGCACAGAUAGGAAACCCCUCGGCUGACAGGACUCUGC